AUGCGCAUCAUAUCUGAGAGGAGGUGCAUCAUUUUCUGGGAGAAGGCGCGUCAUUUCUUAGAGGAGGCGCAUCAUUUCUGGGAGGAUGCGCGUCAUUUUCUGAGAGGAGACGCCUCAUUUAAAAGUUCAGGCGUAUCAUUUUCUGGGAGAGGCGCAUCAUUUCUGAGAGGAGACGCAUCAUUUCUGGGAGGAGGAGUUCUUACCAAGACGUCUGCUGUACGGAGAGCUCCUGCAAGCGUUAGAAAAAGAAAGGACUCAAUCCUCUUUCUUUCUUCCUCUCUCUCUCUCUUUCUCACACACACACACACUUUCUUUCUCUCUCUCUCACACACAUUCUUUCUUUCUUUCUUUCUUUCAGACAAGAAAUUAUGGCCAACCAUGAUCGUUUACCUGUUGAAGGUCACAGGACCUAUAAACGAUUUCAAUACUUUUUCCUUCUUUCUAUUUCAUUCGUUUCAUUUUAGGUAUAAACGAUUUCACUUCUUGUUCGUUCUUUCUUUUUCAUUCCUAAAGACGAUUUCCCUUCUUUUUCCUUUCUUUUUCAUUAGUUUCAGUUCAGCUAUGAACGCUUUCACUUCUUUUUCCUUCUUUCUUUUUCAUUUGUUUCAUUUUAGCUAUAAACGAUUUCACUUCUUUUUCUUUCUUUUUCAUUCGAUUCAUUUUAACUAUGAACGAUUUCACUCCUUUUUCUUUCUAUCUAUUUCAUUCUUCAGCUAUAAACGAUUUCAAUUCUUUUUCCUUCUUUCUUUUUCAUUCGUUUCAUUUUAUCCAGAAGCGAUUUCACUUCUUUUUCUUCCGUUCUUUUUCCUUCUAUUCCUUUCAGCUAAAAUUGUUUUUACUUCUUUUUCUUUCUUUUUACUUAGUUUUAUUUUAGCGAAAAACGAUUUCAUAUCUCUUCUUCUUUUCUUCGAUUAUCACCUUUUCUUUCGAUUGCAAUUGUUUUCAAAUCAUUCAUUUAGCUAUUUUUUUUCUUUCUCUCUUUAUUUCUUUCUCCUUUUUGUUUUUCUUUUUUCUACAUUUGAUUUCAACUCUUUUCUUUCUUUCUUUCUUUCUUUCUUUCUUUAUUUCUCUCAUUUGAUUCAUUUGAGACUCUUCCUUUUCUUUCGGAUUCACCGUAAAUUAUGUAAUUUCACUUUCUUUCUUUCUUUCUUUCUUUCUUUUCUUUCUUUCUUUCUUUCUUUCUUUCUUUCUUUCUUUCUUUCUUUUUUCUCUCUUUUCUUUCUUUCUUUCUUUCUUUCUUUCUUUUUUUUUUUCUUUCUUUCUUUCUUUCUUUCUCUCUUUCUUUCUUUCUCUCUUUCUUUCUCUCUUUCUUUCUCUCUUUUCUUUCUUUCUUUCUUUCUUUCUUUCUUUCUUUCUUUCUCAACUGUUCGUUUAAUUCUGUUUCAGUUGAUCUUAUUUCUCUCCUUCGUUCACUCAUUCAGUCUUUCUUUCUUUCUUUCUUUUCUGACCUCUUUUGUAUAA